CGUGGUCGCAAGGAAGUUAGCCAGCGAAUAGCAAAUAGAAAGUGCUAAGGAAUAAGGAGAAUGGAAACACGUUAUGCUAACGUGAAUUAGAGUUAGUUUUGCCUUUUUAAAUGUGGUGAUCUUUAGUUGGCUCAAUGCGCUCACAUGAACACGGUGAUAUGGAGUCAAAAUUAAAAGUUCACAGACUCCACAUGUGAUCAGGCUCUCUGUCCGAGAAUUCAGCAGGAUGGCGCCUAACCUACCAUAGUGAGCCCUUUUGUCAAAUCAAGUCAUGUCGCUUCAGUUUGUGUAUAGCAACAAGGACUUUGUCACAGAUGUGCGUCGGAGCAGUGGAAACAGUCUUGAAAAGACCCCAACACCAUCCAACUUUGACACAACCAUCCAAGUCGGAUGGACAGACAGGAUGGACAGGGGGCUCUUUCGAUAUCAUCUGGGUGAUUUGCAAACGCGUAUCCUGCCAGGCCCACAUGGCUUUGUGGCCCAGCUGAAUAUUCAGAGAGGAGUGGAGAGAAGAAAGCCCCAGGAGAUACUGAGCAUUCAGCAGGAGUUCAACGCUAAGCAGUUUAAUUUUAACAAAAUCAAUCCCCAAGAAGUCAUUUUUGAAAUGAUCAAAGACACUGAGGGAGGAGAUGAAAACAGGCAGUUGCACGAGCCCUGCAGGAUGGUUGUGCUGGUUAAUGUCAGCCCAUUGGAGUUUGGACAUUGUCUCUUUGUUCCAGAUCCUUCACGCUGUUUUCAACAGGUCCUGACAACGUUUGCCAUCCAGGUUGGUAUUGAAACUGUGCUCCUGAGCUCUGAUCCUGGCUUCCGUGUGGGGUUCAACAGUCUUGGAGCAUUUGCGUCUGUCAAUCACUUACACAUGCAUGGCUAUUACCUGGACCACGAGCUCAAGGUGGAAUCUGUGCCAGUCAAGCCACUGGUCCCUGAAAAGGGGUUAUAUUGCUUGUUGGACUUUCCUGGAGGCUUUUUGUUUUACACAGAAUCAGACCGGGUGGACAGAGUUGCCAGAAUCAUUUGUCAAGUCACAAACUUUCUUGUGGAUGGUAAUAUUGCUCACAAUCUGUUCUUGACUAGAGGAUGUCCACCCUGUGACUGCAUGCAGAAGGAAGAAGAUCUCCGCUCUAGAAAAGGGGUUCGUAUCGUUAUAUGGCCCAGAAUAUCGUGCUUCGGUGCCAAGGAAGAGUCUGCCUUUAAUGUUGCUCUUUGUGAACUGGCUGGACAUUUACCCUUUAAGAAUAAGAAAGACUAUGAGCUCACUACUGAGAAAGAUGUAAUAGAUAUCAUCCAGAGGUAUCUUCUGCCCGAUGCAGAGUUUCACGCUUUGGAACAGCAGCUUACACGUCAUUUGAUGGGUUUAUAAUGCAUCCACAUCAAAGUCUUAGUUCCAGUCAGCUAGAUUAAAAGCUACACAUUCAUCGCAGUUUCCGCAGAAAUCCAGUUCUAAAAUGUGCAUGCGAGUUUUCAGUGACAUCAGUCAAGAAUAUGACUAUCUUCACACUGGAUGGGUGCAAUGUUGAAUGUCCUUUUCUGCAUGUAAAUAUAACAAUGGAUGUAAACAAAAAUGCUGAAUAUAAUUAUCAUUAAGGUCAUAUUUAAUGGACUAAUGGAUAUGUUACAUUAAAACUGGAUUCAGAUAAAA